CGCCACUGUCAAGAAGUAUCCUGACUCCUGAGUUCCCUUUGAGUUGAAAUUUCCAAAUUCUAGCUUGAUGACAAGCUUGGUUACCGAGAAUCUAUCAUCUUCCCUAUAAUUCUUCCCGUUCAUGUAUAACUCUGAAGCUAUUAUACGUUAGAGUUUUCUUCUCUACUUGCAGAGUUGCAGUAGUUAGCUAAACUUGCAGACAUUAAUCCCUAAAUUCAUGGCAUAGAAGCGUCGUUCCAGGCUCGAUUGCGACGAAGACUGCCCCCGACCCUCUACCGUCGUUCCUAUUUCCUACCUCAUCAGUAUUGUAUCCUCCCCCGCCAAGCGUUGCUCCCCAACGGCCAGUCCGUCGCCUCUCUUCCCCUCUAUUCAGAUACUAAGGUGUGAUGGAACAGAAUUCACAAUGCCAUGAUCAUGAAUUGGAGAAGGAAGAGUAUGUACUGAUGGAUCUGGAUGAUGUCUCUGACCAAAUAUCACUUCCCACAAAUGCCCCCUAUGUCCUUUCGGGUCUUGAUACUGUGAACCCCAUUCUGAACAUUGACGGAAAAAUCAAGCUGGUAGGAGAAUAUGUGGAGACUAUUGGGACGUGCCUUGUUUUUAGUGGAAGCGAUACCUCUCCAGUGGUUCAUGAAGAGACCGGGCCAUCUGAAGCUAACCUUUUAUCAGGGAAAUGCACAGGAGAUCCUAAGCAAACAAGUAAGCAAGUAAAGCCAAUUACCCAGUUUCAUAAGAUUCUCAAGUUCAGAUUACUGCUGGAAGGUGAAAAUGAAGAAUUGGUCAAAGCGACAAGCACAUAACUGUAUGUAAUAUACGUGUUUAAUGCACUCUCCAUCUGGGGUUCAUAAAUAACUUCAUAAUUUACUCGGGGUAUUGAAGUAUGCAAAACUAUCUUUUGUACAGUGUACACCACUCCUCCUCCCCUACUUGUUUGACAACCGGACUGUUUGGUGUCAAAAGUGGUGAAAAGCGCCUAAAAGCGGCAAAGCGCAGGCGAGCGCUAAACCUGCGCCUGGCUUUUGAGAAGCGCCGCACCAUGAGAAAGCGAAGCUUUUCCAGCACUUUUGCUUGAGCUCGCUUAAUGAAAAGCGAUCGCUUUUCAUGGCUUCUCACGAAAGGCGGUAAAUUGACUGGUCAUUUUUUUUUAAAUCUGGUCUUCUCAUCUCGAUGCUACAAGUUCGGGUUGUUUGACUCCUUCCCACUCCACAGUCCAGACAUAGCUGAAGAAAUUGCAGUUGAAGAGCCGAAGAGGAGUUCUCCCAGUUUUCCCAGGCUUUCUCGCCGGUGCUGCGUAGGUUCACCAUCGUUCUAUUUCAUCAUCGUUCUUCAAUUUUACGUGAUUGUAGUUGGAGCCCUGAACUUCUGCAGCUCAUUUUACUCUGUUUCAAUUUUACAGUUUACUCUAUUUGUAUAAUAAACUUCUAUUUCAUCACCGUUCAAUAUAUAUGAAUGAAAGAAAUCAUUAUAUUAUCAUUUUCUUGGUAAUUA